GUUUUUGCUGUGUUACUUUAACAAAAUAAUGGAACCUUGUGUUAUAGAAUUUAUAGGUGAAAAAUCAACAAUUGGUGUCAUACCAAAUUUUUCAUUUGAGCCUUUGCAUUUGAUAUCGGGAAGUGUGGGACCUUUUCGUGCCGGUAUGCCUGUGCACGUACCACUCUGGCUGGGCAUACAUUUAAGAAAACAGCAGAAAUGUCGUAUUGUGCCUCCUGAAUGGAUGGAUAUGGAUCUAUUGGAAGAAAUAAAGGAAGAAGAGAAAAGAUCAAAGUUCUUCACCAAAUUGCCCAGUGAGCAUUACAUGAUUGAAGCUCAAUUAAUUAUGAGCACUGCUCCCGAUGAUGUGCCUAGAUGUGAGGAAAUACGUACGGUUAUCAAGGAUAUAUUCGAUAUACGCGAAUCCAAAUUACGCACUUCUAUCGAUGCAUUUAUUAAGGGCGAAGGUACUUAUGCAAAAUUGGAUAAUUUAACAUUAUUGGAAAUGCACAGUGUUCGUCCGAUUUUACCACAUUCAUUGGAUCAUAUUGCUCGUUACCAACGCACAGCUGUGGCCACUCAACGAGACACUUCCUCUUUAUUGGGUAUGAAUUCGAGUUCAAUGAACUCUAGUUCAUUUUAUACACAAUAAAUAAUUUAAGGUUAAAUAGUUUAAGAUAAAAAAUACAAUUUGUUAAAUCUUAAGAUCUUUAUUAUUAAAGUUUAUACAUAUCUUAAAAUAUGAUUUAACAAGUGUGCAACAAUGUUAA